UUUAUUGUCUAUGACAACUUGUGAUCACAAGACCUCUUGCUUUUGAGUUUUCUGUCAAGGCAAAAAUUGGGCGAAAAAAGGCCGUCCCUUUCGGGAAUAUCGGGUAAUUCAGCUCCAAUUUGCUAAAAAAACCAUCCAAGAUGAGGUACUUCCUAACUUACCUGUUCGCGCUGCUGCUGGUGCUCGUGAUUCCGACAUUUGCUAUGUUCUAUCUUCUCCAAGGAAAGGGUGAGCAAAUAAGCCUCGGAUGGUUCCUGGAGCAUACGUCCCCCUACAUGUGGGGUACGUUGGGAAUUGCGUUCUCCGUGGCCCUGUCUGUCGUGGGCGCAGCUAUGGGCAUCCACACGACCGGAGUGAGCAUAGUCGGAGGAGGUGUCAAAGCGCCCAGAAUCAAGACCAAGAACUUGAUCUCCGUCAUCUUCUGCGAAGCCGUCGCGAUCUACGGGUUGAUCACUGCCAUCGUGUUGUCUGGAAUGCUGGAACGGUACACAGAGCCCCUGACUGACAUGAACAUCAAGCAACAGAACUGGAUGGCUGGUUAUGUGAUGUUCGGUGCUGGCGCCGCCGUGGGCCUCGUCAACUUGUUCUGUGGUAUUGCUGUGGGUAUCGUCGGCUCCGGUGCUGCCUUGGCUGAUGCAGCUAAUGCUGCCUUGUUCGUAAAGAUCCUAAUUGUAGAGAUUUUCGGAUCAGCCAUUGGUCUCUUCGGUCUUAUUGUUGGUAUCUACAUGACGUCAAAGUGCAAAAUGGGCAACCAGUAAUUUAAGAAUAAAAUAAAACUUGAAUCUAAGUUGUAAAACAGCACUGGAUGUGUUACCAGCCUUGACCUACCUUAACAACCAGAGUGUCCAGUGCUCAAUACUUAUUAAUCACCGAAGAAGCUUCAAGUAAUAUAAUUGCAGUGUUGAACUUGUGUAUUUCCUGCCUAUUCUCUGUUGAUGUGUUUAUAUAAUGUAAAUUAUUUUUUAAUCUUAAUGAUCAAUAAAAUAUCUGGUCUUAGCACUUCACAUCUUAGUAUCUUAAAGUAAUAUAAAAUUUUUGAUGUUAUAAUAACUGUAUGUACUAUAAAUUGACUUUAAUUGUUGUUGCAUAUAAUAAGGCAUUUGUGCUAAGAUUACAGAUAUUUGAACUGAGGUUUGGAUUGUAUUGCAGUAUUUUAUUGACAACUAUAUAGUUCCCGGUCGAGAUUGUGUUUGUAUUGAACCAUAACAGUGUCCUCAUUUGAAAUGACUAGGUGCACAUUACUUUUAGAGUUUCCGUGGCCUAAUGUAAAGCUCUGGCUUGAUAUAACAACAGUAUAUACCUAGUCAUUAAUAAGGCUUAUACAUUCCAUUAAACCUUGUUUCAAGUUUUGUAAAAGCUUUGAUUGGUCAGUCUGUAACCCAUGUUUAUACAUAGUAAUAAAAGAUAAUGUACAUAAAUUUCGUAUUUGGUGUGAUAUGUUAUUUUCCAUUAGACACGGUUGUAGUACAUGAGUGAUGUUGAUGACAUUGUACGGAGCCAUCGGCAGAACUUUAUAUUGACUUAUUGUGAAGCACAACAUUUUACACAGAAAUGAAAUCUUUAAUGAUAGCUUAAUAUAACCUAUCAUGAAAUAUAUUUUACAUAUUUGUAAAUGCUGCCUGUGUCUGCUAGGAAAAUAUCUAAAUUGUUAAUGUUCUCUGGUAUCGAUAAAGCACUGUUUCCCUUUUAAAUUAUAUAAAAAUCAAAUUAUUGUAACUCCCAAUUGUAAAUAUUAGUUUGCUUACCUUACUAAUUUAUUGUACGUACUUGUAAAUUCAUCUGCAUAAACUUAACUAUAGGA